UCAGUAGAUGAACUAGACAAACUUCGAUUGUCCGUGACUCUCAUGAACCCUUUCAGAAAAGCAGUGGCUCCCGUUCUUCUCCCUCCCUUGGAUAACCCCAAUGCCGGUCCUUCUGGUUCCUUCUAUUUCUAUGGUUGGUUCCCAAAGGUUAUCUUACACGGUGAGCCUGCUAUGAAUAAUCGAGACAGUAAAUAUGCUGUUGUAGCAAUCUACGACAGAAUAAGUGAUCAUAGUGAUCAUAGGUUGGCUUUCUUUGAAGAGGGACAAAAGAGUUGGACUUACAUCGACAACCAAGAGAACUAUCUCAGUGAUGCUAUAAUUUAUAAAAACCAAGUCUACGGAGUUGGUCAAUCGGGAGCGAUUUGGUCAUUCAACUUUAAUAGCAAGCCGCCAAAAGCAAAGGUUCUUACACCUAACCAUAGUCGCUUCGCAAUUAAGGGAUAUCUUGUGGAAUCGACUAAGGGAGACCUAUUGCAUGUUCGAAGAUUUUUGAAAGAGGAGGCCAAGGAGUUCUGGACUGAAGGCUUCCAUGUUCACAAGUUGGUGUUCAAGGGGAAGGACGAAUCUGCUGUGGAGCAAGUUGAGGUAAAAAGCAUUGGUGGUGAGGCCAUAUUUGUGGGUGACAACUAUUCAAUGUCUGUAUUGGCUUCAGACCAUCCCGGGCUUCAACCAAAUUGCAUAUACUACACCGAUGAUUUGGAAGAAGUUGCGGACGAACCGCAGUAUUUUUAUUACAACGGACCAAGUGACAUGGGCAUCUUCAAUUUAGAGGAUGAGACCAUCGCAAGACACUACUCUCCAAGUCCUCGGAGCAUUAAUAAUCCAGCUGCCCUUUGGAUUGUACCACCGUCUAACGAAUUCUGCUAACUUCCAGUUUCCCGUGUUACACCUAUUGCAUGUUGCUGCAAAUUAAGCCAAAGUCUAGCUCUGUAUUUGUUGCACCUCUAAUUAACGUUGCAUUGUUCUAAAUUUCUAUAAAGUUAAUUUAAAUCUAAAUGUCGGAUUGUUCCCUACCUGCUAGUUUUCAAGUUUAAGUAGCAAGCUAGGUUCUUAUUUGGUUUGAUUAUG